AGUAGAGACUGGGGAUUUUCCACACAUUAAGUUUGUCCCUCAGCUGACAUUCAAGAUUAUACAUAUUAUACAGUACCUCUAAAUGGAUCAUAUACCCCGCCUGUCAGAGUCUGUGUAUGUAGGACUGUGUCGUAAACUAGGGAGUCCUACAGAAGUGAAAAUGAGGAGAGAAGUGAUAGACAUUGUGGAGACGGUGAGAAAACCUGUGCACAUCAUGAGGGGAUUAGACAGAAUGUAUAGUGGGAGUCACGUGAGGGAUUCAGACUGAAGACUUCAGAUGUAGAUUGGAUGAUCUGGCCUCCGGACCACAAAGUGAUAUGUGAUCUCUCUCAGAUCAGCCUUUAUCGUAUCGCUCAACACACCGUUAUCAUGAUGGAGUGUGAUGAUCUACCACCGGGAUUUACCAGACUAAAGCUGAUGAGUCCAUCUAAUGAUGAAAAAGUCAGAUCCUCCUGUGUAGAGAUCAAUGAUAACUUCCCAUCACUGGCCCUCAUUAGCUUUUCCAUGGAUACAAAGAUGUCAUCAACAAGGUUGGCCGUCUAAGACUGUUUUAUCAGAUAUAUUCAAAGGAGGAUUCCAUCUUGUUCCUAUAGGCAGCACUGUUGAAAGUAUACUAGAAUGGAGAAUUUCAUUCUCUUUGGCGGAACAAAAACUAGUUUAUUCAAUGAACCACACUCAGUUUUUAUGUUAUGGUCUUUUAAAAAUGUUUUUAAAGGAAGUGAUUAAUUCAAAUGAAGGUUCACCCAUUCUAUGUUCAUACUUCACAAAAACUGCUGUAUUUUGGGUAAUUCAAUAUAACAGUUCCUUGACUUGGACACCUGAAAACAUUUUGCCUUGUUUCUGGGAAUGCUUUAAAUUAUUAAUAUAUUGGGUAUUUACUGGAGAAUGCCCGAACUUUUUUAUUCCACAAAACAAUAUGUUCCGAUUUAAAUUAACUGGAUCCAUACAAACAUUAUUGUUUAAUAAGUUGUAUGAAUUGUAUUGUAAGGGUAUAUCAAGUCUACUACUGAGUGAAACGUUAAGACCGUUCCUCAGUCAAGCCAUUUUAUACAGAGGAUUGAGAGUCUGUACUGACGAGGGCAGUAUCAUUACUAACACUGAGCUUGAAAUUAGUUUAUUUGAGGAAUUCCGUGAAUAUGGCCAUACAGUUUCAAGUGUUGUAGAAUUUGCAGCUCUCAUGAAGAACAUUGAAAUAGAGAUAAGUAAAAGGUUGACCCCAUACCAGGAGGCUACAGUACAAAUUAUGACAUCAGACAUAUUACGUAACACUGCGAUGCUGAAACUGUGUAAUGUGUAUCAACAUAAAAAUCGUAAUAAGUUUUAUUACACAGCUAAUUACGUAUCCCGAUUGUUAAAACUGUCAUGUACAUUAGGUUGUGUCACAGAUAUUCUGCAUCUUGCAAUGUAUUACUACAAAACGUGUAGAUAUGAAGAGUCGCUCAAUUGUUUACAGAAAGCACAGGACAGAAUGACAAAGCCAUACAUUAUAUACUGCGGUCAUGGUAAUUUAGAUAUAUAUAGACGUUGCACGAUUGGAAUGUCUCUGUGUCGUAAAAUGAGGAUUGCUGUAGUGAAAAAUAUUGAGUUAGAAAGUCGUUACACAUACAUUGAUGAACUAAUUCUAGAGCAGAAGAUCAGUGACGAGAAUGGCAGAACUGUAUUGUUCAUCCCACCUCUAGUGAUGUUACACAUGUUGUUUAUACUGACUCACCACAGACUGGGUGACACAGUCAGGUCACAACAAUCUCUACAGGAUCUACAGACUCUGUUGCUCCAUGAUGACGAGGUUUAUGAUGGCAAAUUCUGGAAUCUGGUUUAUGAAUCUUAUCAACAUUCGUUACAACAAUAUCCAUAUAACAAACUGCAGGAAGCAACACUAUUUAGAAUUAAUACACUUUCUUAA